ACUCCAAGGACUCUUCAGUUUACCUUGUCUUCUCUCCGGACGUCGCGGUUAGGUCUCUUCCGGUCAUUAGAUUUUAAGCAGUGUACAGCUGAGCUCAUCUUAAGGGGUUGUUACCAAACCGAACUGGGGUAUCCUCGCCAGAUGUGCAGCACACCCAGCCUACUGACACCGGGUUGUGACGUAGGCAGAGACAUCAUUCAGAAUUCGAAAGAAGUUCUGAGUUUAUUGCAAGGAAAAAACCCUGCCUUUAAGCCGGUUCUUGCUAUUAUUCAGAAGUCCCACUCGGGCUUCGGGGAUGGAGGAGAAAGCUCAUGUGGAACUGUUGUCAUUUCCCCCUUUAUCUGGUCAUUUUGCCGCAUCAGGAUUACAGGUGAUGAUAACUUGAUGCAGGAAGUAAACCAGAAUUUGGCUGAGGAGGCUGGUCUGAACAUCACUCACAUCUGUCUUCCUGCAGAUAGCAGUGAAGAUGAGAUCAUAGAUGAGAUCCUGAAGAUUAAUGAAGACACCAGAAUACAUGGCCUUGCCCUUCAGAUCUCCGAGACCUCAUUUAGCAACAAAAUCCUCAAUGCCUUGAAACCAGAAAAAGAUGUGGAUGGAGUAACGGAUGUAAACCUGGGGAAGUUGGUACGUGGGGACGCCCAUGAGUGUUUUGUUUCACCUGUGGCCAGAGCUGUAAUUGAACUUCUUGAAAAGUCAGGUGUCAACUUAGAUGGAAAGAAGAUCUUGGUAAUAGGAGCCCAUGGGUCUUUGGAAGCCACCCUGCAAUGCCUGUUCCAGAGAAAAGGGUCCAUGACAAUGAGCUCCCAGUGGAAAACACCUCAGCUUCAAAGCAAGCUUCAUGAGGCUGACAUUGUGAUCUUGGGCUCACCCAAGCCGGAAGAGAUUCCCCUUUCUUGGAUUCAACCAGGAACUACUGUUCUCAACUGUUCCCAUGACUUUCUGUCAGGGAAGCUUGGAUGCAGUUCUCCCGGUGUCCAUGGUACUGGUCCCAUCGCAGAAGACGUGGGUCUCCUUGCUGCCGCUCUGCGGAUUCAGAACAUGGUUAGUAGCAGAAGGAGGUGGUUCCGUGAGCAGCAGUACAGGAGGUGGAGACUUCACUGCUUGAAACUUCAGCCUCUGUCCCCCGUACCAAGUGAUAUCGAGAUUUCAAGAGCACAGACUCCAAAAGCUGUGGAUAUCCUUGCCAAGGAGAUAGGGUUGCUUGCAGAUGAAAUUGAAAUCUAUGGCAAAAGCAAAGCCAAAGUCCGUUUGUCCCUGCUAGAAAGGUUAAAGGAUCAAGCAGAUGGAAAAUACGUCUUAGUUGCUGGGAUCACACCCACCCCUCUGGGAGAAGGGAAAAGUACAGUUACAAUUGGGCUCGUGCAGGCAUUGACUGCGCACCUGAAUAUCAACUCCUUUGCCUGUCUGAGGCAGCCUUCUCAAGGACCGACUUUUGGAGUGAAAGGAGGAGCUGCAGGUGGUGGAUACGCCCAGGUCAUCCCUAUGGAAGAGUUCAACCUUCACCUGACUGGGGACAUCCAUGCCAUCACUGCUGCUAAUAACUUGUUGGCUGCUGCUAUCGACACAAGGAUUUUGCAUGAAAAUACUCAAACAGAUAAGGCUCUGUAUAAUCGACUGGUUGCUUCAGUGAAUGGUGUUAGAGAAUUUUCAAAAAUUCAACUUGCUCGGCUGAAAAAACUGGGAAUAAAUAAGACUGAUCCGAGUGCUCUGACAGAAGAGGAAAUGAGGAAAUUUGCCCGUCUUGACAUUGACCCCUCCACCAUCACGUGGCAGAGAGUCAUGGAUACAAAUGACCGAUUUCUACGAAAAAUAACCAUCGGGCAGGGAAGCACAGAGAAGGGCUUUUCUCGGCAGGCGCAGUUUGACAUCGCCGUGGCCAGUGAGGUCAUGGCAGUGCUGGCUCUGACUGACAGCCUCACGGACAUGAAGGAGCGGCUGGGCAGAAUGGUGGUGGCCAGUGACAGAAACGGGCAGCCCGUGACGACAGGUGAUUUGGGGGUGACAGGUGCUUUGACUGUUCUGAUGAAAGACGCGAUAAAACCAAAUCUGAUGCAGACCCUAGAAGGGACGCCUGUAUUUGUGCACGCUGGCCCCUUUGCCAACAUUGCCCACGGCAACUCUUCAGUGUUGGCUGAUAAAAUUGCCCUGAAACUGGUUGGUGAAGAAGGAUAUGUAGUGACUGAAGCUGGCUUUGGUGCUGACAUUGGCAUGGAGAAAUUCUUCAACAUCAAGUGCAGAGCUUCUGGCUUGGUGCCCAGUGUUGUGGUGCUGGUGGCGACGGUGCGGGCUCUGAAGAUGCACGGAGGUGGACCAAGUGUGACUGCAGGGGUCCCUCUUAAAAAAGAGUAUACGGAAGAGAACCUCCAGCUGGUGGCAGAUGGCUGCUGUAACCUAGAGAAGCAAAUUCAGAUUGCUCAGCUCUUCGGGGUCCCUGUUGUCGUAGCUCUGAAUGUCUUCAGGACCGACACCCGAGCGGAGAUUGACUUGGUGUGUGAGCUUGCAAAGCGGGCUGGUGCCUUUAAUGCAGUGCCCUGCUAUCACUGGUCGAUUGGUGGGAAAGGGUCGGUGGACCUGGCUCAGGCUGUGAGAGAAGCUGCAAGUAAAAAGAGUCGUUUCCAAUUCCUGUAUGAUGUGCAGCUUCCAAUUGUGGAAAAGAUAAGAACCAUCGCCCAGGCGGUCUAUGGAGCCGAAGAUAUUGAACUCUCUCCGGAGGCACAAUCCAAAAUAGAUCGUUACACGGAACAGGGUUUUGGAAAUUUGCCCAUCUGCAUGGCUAAGACCCACCUUUCCCUGUCUCACCAACCUGACAAGAAAGGCGUACCCAAGGAUUUCGUUCUACCCAUUAGUGACGUACGGGCCAGCAUAGGCGCUGGGUUCAUUUACCCAUUGGUUGGAACGAUGAGCACCAUGCCAGGACUGCCGACUCGGCCCUGCUUCUAUGACAUCGAUCUUGAUACGGAAACAGAGCAAGUUAAAGGCUUGUUCUAAGUGAACAGGAUUUUCACAGGACUCAAUUCAGGUUUUAAAAAAAUUGUCAAAAUAUGUCGCCAUCAACUUUACAAAUACUACUGAGGUUGACUUCGUUUUUACUUUAAAGUCACUUUCAGGGGCUUCCCUGGUGGCACAGUGGUUAAGAAUCCGCCUGCCAAUGCAGGGGGCACAGGUUCGAGCCCCUGGUCCGGGACGAUCCCACAUGCCACGGAGGAACGAAGCCCGCGAGCCACAACUACUGAAGCCAACAUGCCUAGAGCCCAUGCUCUGCCACAAGAGAAGCCACCGCAAUGAAAAGCCCACGCACCACAAUGAAGAGAGUAGCACCCGCUCACCGCAACUAGAGAAAGCCCACGCGCAGCAAUGAACACCCAACGCAGCCAAAAAUAAAUAAAUAAAUAAAAUAAAUUUAUAAUAAAUAAUAAAGUCACUUUGGUAGUGUAUUUAACUUUAACCUCUGUUAUUCAACAGUGGGAACCAAAACAAGAUGGUUGUCAGCACAGGGAAGCCAAGAACCAAGUGCCAUUACCAAUAAGUAACAUAAGGGUAAAUACAAUGAAAUUGUCUUAGUUUAAUAAAUAGGAGAGAACCCCCCUUAUGGGGGUGUGCGUGUGUGUUUUAUCCCCAUGGCUGCUAUAACGAAUCACUUGGUGGUUUAAAAUACCAGAAAUUGAUUCUUUCACAGUUCUAGAGGCUAGAAGUCUGAAAUCAGUAUUAGCAGGCUGAAAUCAAGGUGCCAGCAGGCCACACUCCCUCCAGAAGCUCCAGGGGAGACUCCUUUCCUUGCCUUCUCCAGAUUCUAGCUGCUGCCAGCAGCCCUUGACUUGUGGCCACGUCACUCCAGUCUCUGCCUCUGGUCACUCACGUUGCCUGGGCACUUUGUAAUUUCUUAUUAUUCACAUACCAUGAUUGGAUGUCUUAUAUAUUCUAUCUUCCAAAAGAUUUAACACUAAAUCAAAUUAAAAAAAAAUUUUCCCCACUGAAUAAACAAUAAACAACUGAUUCAUUUGCACCUUCGCUAUUGUGUUUCUGAUUUUUUUUUUAGUUUAUAUUCAGACUUUCUAUACCUUUACCAACCCUUUGAGUUUUCUGAAAAUAUGGAACCACAGACUCUAAGCCUCUUUAACUAUAAAAACUGUUGAUACCGAGGUCAUGUGGUCAAUCCACGGGUUUUCCACCGAGCCCAGCCUCGUCUCUCCCACCUUCCCUCCCCAGUAGUCACUGUGCUUCGUAUCUAGGGUCACCAGAGCCACCGACAGGAGGCUGGCGCGUCACUGAGAGGAGGGGCAAGGUCCGCACCAGGCAGACCUCCCUUCCUAACAUCAAAGAUAUUUUCUUUUUGUUAAUGUUUACUAUGCUUGCGAUGCUUCUGUUUUCUGUU